UGACUGCUGUGCUGUAAGAUUGUCCUAUAUAUAUUAAAGCAAAUCUCUGUCAUUUUAAAUCUCUUUUGUGAAGUGAAGAAACACGAUUUACGUCCAAUAUUAUUGCGUCACUCAUUACACGUUACCUCGUUUGCCUUGUUCCAUUGAUGCAUUGUGACGCAUAGCGUUUACUCUUGUAAGAGUUGCCUGCCGUUUUAUGUUCCUUAACAAUAACUUGUCGAGUGAACAAAGUGAUAGAAGUGAAGUGCUUUACAUGAAUCACCAUAAUAUGACCUCAUGAACUCCUGGUGCUGUGAGUGCUCUAGAAUAUUACGAACGUUUUGAAGGCAUUCGUCGUGCAGUGCCGCCGAACGUCCCAAGACAUCCGCCUCUCCGCUGCAGGCUUGCGAGCAGCUGAAGUUUGUGAUCCAAGUGUGAUCGCGUCUGACUUCCGUGUGAUCUGAACUCCAACGACUCCACCAUUCUCCAAGCAACCGUGCACAGCUCCCUCACUUCCACACAAGUCACCACAGUCCCUCACAACUCCUCGACGCCCUCAGAUCCACUGGCUCAAAACUCUGUAACUUGUGUGCUAUCGAGCGAGGCGUCUCGUCCUAAAUUAUCGCCUCAAGAUCGACAGUACAAUUUCGCCAGCCUCUUGGACGACCAACUCAACUCAGAGGAGCCUACAGAAGAAGAAAACCAAAAUCAAAAUUUACAAAAGUUGUUUGAACUUCACGGAGCACAGCAGAAACACAUUUUUCCUGGUGGUUCUGCAGUUGAUAUUUUUAGUGACAACAGAGUAAUCGAUUGUCAGCCGAGAGAAGAUUCACUUGAAAAUUCAAACUCCGCAGCAAGUUCUGAUAUAUUUGGAAAUUGCGCCCUUAAAAUAGACGAGUGUAGCAAUCCAGCUUUAAGUUCGUCUGUAAACGAGAGACUUUCAACUGGUGAUCCAACAACGUCUAUUGAGAAAAAAAUUUCGACAGAAAACCGUUUUACGGACUGUUUUGCCACGAACACCUUACGCUCCUUACAAGUUAGAUCGGCUACAAUCAAUCAAUCUGGUGCAGAUGAUAUUUGCGAUUCCAAGUUGAAAGAAAAUUCUAACUCGCCUGAAUGUGAUUCACGCGCUUCCUUAUGCUAUUCUGAUAACAACCCAAUUCAAAACUUUGAAGAUUCUUCGCGCAAUUCUGCUUCAAAUUUCAACAAAGAAUGUGUUUUAAAUACUAGCAACAGUUGGGUAAGCUCAAACUACAACUCACCUGGCAACUUUCCCCCGGCUUUGAGUACAUCAUGCCCUAUUUCCAGUGACUAUUAUACUUCCAGUCCUAGUCUUGACACUUAUUACUCUAGUAACUGUUAUACCUCAACCAGCGCGCCUGUUCACUCAUACACGAACUGUUCCUCUUCUGCAAACUUCAAUCCGGCGACUUCCGUUCUUAGCUGUUACACAUCAGCACCCAACUAUUCAACAUCCAUCCCUGGCUGUUCAACAUCAAACCCUGGCUGUCCAAUAUCUAUCCCUGGUUAUUCAACACCAAUUUCCGCUUAUUCGACCUCGGCCCACGGUUGUUGGACCGCAAACGCCAGAUUCGCGCGAGGUGCGCUCGGUGCAGAGCAAAGGCCUGCAUGCGUUAGGUUGCAGGAGAAGGAGGGAGUCCCGGGUUCUUCACAUGCAGGGGCGAUGGUGGCAGCAGGCGCUCCGCUUGCGACUGCCGGCAUAGCCUUGCUACAGCAUCCUAAACUUGCCGACAUGCAGCAACAGCAGCAGCAGCAACAGCAGCAGCAGCAGCAGUAUGGCACGCAGAUGGGGGCGAUGACCAUGACGGGCGGAGGCAUCAACGGGCCCGGGCCCGCUAGUGUGGGCAACGGGUCGUCCCCGGGCUACUCCAUGACUCGGGCCAACACCCCCACCAUGCACCCCAGUAACCCCUCCGCUGCACCUCCCUCCAUGAACCCGAUGAAUGGCAUGAAUAACAUGAUGAACAACAUGAUGAAUACCAUGGGAGGCGGCGGCAGCAGCAUGAUGGGCAUGAAUAUGAACGGCAUGGGGCCAGGCAUGGGCAAAUGCAUGGGCAUGUCGAAUGGAGGCAUGAGCUCCAUGAUGUACCAGCGAGGGAUGCCUGGGUCAAUGGGGCCUUCCAGUAUGGGUCCUGGCAUGGGUCCGGGAGGAAUGGGUCCAGUUUCUGGAGGCAUGGGACCAGGUUCCAUGGGUCCUGGCUCGAUGGGCCCCGGUUCUAUGGGCCCGGGAGGAAUGGGAGCCGGCGGCAGGCCCGGUCCUUACCCAAGCCCUGCGGCGUACAUGGCCCAGAAGCGGGCCGCAGCCGCUGCUGCUGCGGCCUCACAGCAGUUUGCCGGGUCUCCGGGCCCAGGAGGCAACAUGGGCCCGCAGAUGGGCCCAGGAAUGGGACCUCAGGCGGGAAUGAGUCUGGGUGGCAUGAGAGGAGGCGGGUACCCCGUCCAGCAGCCUCUCCCCUCACCAUUCCCCUCUGGUCCCCAAUGCACGAUGCGUGGCCCCCCAGGCAUGAGCCCCAGGGGCCCACCUUUCCCCCAGAGCCAAUACUAUGGGCCUCAACAUCAGUAUGGGGGCUACGGCCCCCAGUAUGACAUGAUGGGUCCCAUGAACGGCAUGAGUAUGGGUGGCAUGGGCGCUAUGAACGGCAUGUCACCAAUGAACAACAUGGCAGGAAUGGGCAUGAGCGGAAUGGGCGGUAUGAGCCCCAUGAACAGCAUGGGUAGCAUGGCUGCCUCACCCGGCAUGAACAUGAUGGGUUCACAAAUGGGUGGCGGGAUGAACACAUCAGGUGGCAUGGGAGGUAUGAGUGGCAUGAGCGGUAUGAACUCGCCUGGAGCUAUGAACACUAUGAACGGAGUAACGCCCAUGAACACAAUGAACGGAGCAGCUACCAUGAACACAAUGAACGGACCUAUGACUUCUGUUAGCCGAGUAAACUCCUCAAGCAGCCUUGGCCCCGGUCCCGUAAGUGGGAGCAGUGGGAGCAUCGCCCCCGGUGGGGGAGGGAGUUCUGGGGCUGGCAGUACGGGGGGGAAUUACCAGCAUUCCCCCAUACCUGGUAACCCUACGCCCCCUCUCACCCCAUACAUGAGCCCUCCCUACGCCAACUCCUGCAAUCCCGACAUCAAACCAGAAAUGGCCGACGUCAAGCCGAUGGUUUCACAGAAAGAAGAAGAGUUACGCCUGACGUUCCCGGUGCGGGAAGGCGUCGUGCUGCAACCCUUCCGCCUCGAGCACAACCUCGCCGUCAGCAACCACGCAUUCCACCUCAAGCCCACCGUGCACCAGACGCUCACCAUGAGGCCAGAUUUAGAGCUACAACUCAAGUGUUUCCAUCACGAAGACCGCCAAAUGAACACCAACUGGCCGGCCAGUGUGCAGGCUUCCGUGAACGCGACUCCCCUGAACAUCGACCGCGGCGAGCAGAAGAGUUCCCACAAGCCGCUCUACAUUAAAGAUGUUUGCGUGCCUGGUCGUAACACCAUCCAGAUCACCGUCACCGCCUGCUGCUGUUCGCACCUGUUCGUGCUGCAGCUGGUGCACAGACCGAGCGUGCGGUCGGUGCUGCAGAACUUGUUAAAGAAGCGCCUCUUGCCCGCCGAUCAUUGUAUCACUAAAAUAAAACGUAACUUUAAUUCCGUGGUCUCCAGUUCGACCACCGCCAACAGUACAAAUGUCAGCAACAAUACCAGCAACAAUAAUAAUCAGUUAACUAACGUUCUCACAAAUAACACCGGCAAUUCCAAUAACGGUAACAAUAGUAGUAACAUCAACAACAACCUCAAUAAUAACCAGUUGACGCCUAGCAGCUCGAACAGCAGCUCGAAUAACAGCAACGGUGCCACCGAGCAAGAUGGCGUCGAACAGACCGCUAUUAAAAUAUCCCUCAAAUGCCCCAUCACAUUUAAACGCAUUCAGCUGCCCGCGCGAGGCCACGACUGCAAACACAUUCAGUGCUUCGACCUCGAGUCUUACCUGCAACUCAACUGCGAGCGCGGUGCCUGGAAGUGUCCGGUGUGCAAUAAAACAGCUGUGCUGGAAGGCCUGGAGGUGGACCAGUACAUAUGGGGCAUCAUCACGAACUCAGCGAGCUCCCCAGUGGACGAGGUCACAAUGGACUCUACCGCGUCCUGGCGGGUGGUGGGCGGGUCUUCCAGCGCCCCUGGCACCCCAGCUGGACUGAAGGAAGAAGAAGGGGAGAGCAAACGCUGGAGCAAAGCCAUGUCCCCAGGCAGCAUGACGCUCCCCACGACCCACACCUACGACAUGGGGCAGACCAUGAGCCCUUACGUGCCCCCCGACAUGAACAGCAUCAAUAACGGCUCGAUGAUGUCUGUCAUGGGCGGCAUGGGGAGCUCGUCGAGCUCGCUCCCCCUCUCUUCUGCCUCGUCCUCCCAUUUCGACCUCAACUCCCCCGAGUACAGCGGCAUGGGGUCGUCUGGGAGCUCAGGGGGCCUGGGGGGCCCUCUGUCCCAACUCAGCGAGUCCGUCAACAAGAUGGAGCCGCUCGUGUCCAUGGAGAAAUCCCUGAAUAUGUCCUCCAUGGGGAGCAACCAGCAACCCCACAUGGGCCCCCCUCCUCUCACAGCCUCCACCUCCCCACCCUCUUCCACCAUGACCUUAUCCACCUCUUCGUCAGUAGCGUCCUCCACUGCUAGUCACGCUGGCUCCACCUCCCCCAGCGCCCUUCCUUCCACCUGUGGUGGAUCUCUUCCAGCAAUAUCCACCCCUCAGAGCGGUGGAACUGUUGGAGGCGGACUUCCCCACACUCCCCACACACCUCACACGCCCCACACGCCUGGUGGGGCUGGCGGCCCGCCCAGCGUUCCUCCUCAAGGCGCUAACACGUGUGGCAGCAACAGUUCUACCUCGUCUACCUCACCUACCUCGUCUUCGUGUGCCUCGUCAUGUUCGCCGAGCACGUCUGUGUCGACGACGAGCAACACGUUGAACAACAACAACGGACUCUGUGGAAGCUUCGUCGACAGCUGCAACGAAAUGACAGACAUCCCGACGCUGAGCUACGACCCUCUGGACGAGGACUCGACCGCGCGGGACAGCCUUGACGUUUUCAGCAACAGCGCUCCCAUGGACCCCCUGGAGCUGUUGUCGUACCUGGAACAGCCGGACUACAACACGCCGCCUUCUUCAGGCGCGUCGUCUCAAGGGCAGCCCGCGCACCAUGCACCUCUCACCGACGCCCACGACAUACUGGCCUUGUUCGAAUAAAACAUAGGCCUAGUACAUAGCUUUACUUUCAACAUGGUGCAAAUUAUAUCAAUGGUUUUGGUGAAUUUCACUGAAGUGUAAUGAUAUCGAGAAUGAAUGUUUCCAGUAUAAUCAGAGGCUUUUCGUUGGAGAGAAGUUUUGUGAGUGCCAUAGUAUUGCAGUGAAGAGCAGGAAAUUCUAUGAAUUUUGCCAUUUGCAUCUCGACAUGUCUUCACGACCUCUGGAGUUGACAGUGUGGUCUCAUGACUACUGAUUUUGACUGCGUGGACUGUCCCAAAAUAUAGAAAUUCGAUAUCCUUUUUGGGAAAUUAGAAAACAUUUAUUCUGCGUCUAGAACCUCGACAUUGAGAGGCUCAUUCGGUUGCAUAUCAAUUGCAGGAAAAGAAAGUAGCGUUUACGUGAGCGCCACGAAUGCAUUCACGCGUCACGAAGCUGCAUUCACGCGUCAUGAACGCAUUCAUGCAUCAAAGAUGUUAAUUAAAGAAAGGAAAGCCCUCAAUUUAUUUUCAUGCGUUGGAGCUUGAACUUGAAGAAGUGAGUGAAGAGUUGUAACUCAGUGGUGCCCAUACGAGUGCUUGUCUUCUGUGUACAAGGUAACGUAGUUCCAGAGUGAGUUGUGAGAGGCUCCUUUGGUUUAACACUUUAUGCUUUAGUUCCCCGUUGCUACCAAAGUUCUUGUAGGAUUUAACUAUUACGUCGUAGUAAGAGAGUUAUGACUUAUGAAACACUCCUUGUUGUCAGCUGUUGGGACAUGCCAAGAAGUCACUCGUUGUUUAUCAAGGAGAACACUUCUAAGCUCGUCGUUGUACUCGUCAAGUUAACCGAGGAUAUUGUAUGCAAUUAUAGUUAUGGAAGUAAGCUGUGCUGGCUUAAGAAUUUGUAAGCAUCAAAAGCUGCUCUAGCAGGGCCUCGGCAUCACUUGAUCUAAAUGUAAUGACUUUACCUGAAGCGAUUGCCAUUCUACUCAGAUCUCGUGUACCAGAAAUUGUCGUAGUUUUCUAAAAUCGUUACAAGUCAGUGCGCUUGGAGAGGCUUGUAUUUAAAUUUUUAUGAAUUUCUGUUACUACCAAGAUGAUGCUCAUGAAUUCUGUACUUUAUCCGACCGCCUGUGACCUGUCGGACGAUGCAUUAAAAGGACACUUCCUGGUCGUAUUGUUCUCUUCAAUUACCGCGAAGCUCCACACAAAAACCUGUACAAAUUUUCUAAACUGGUGCGUUCUUAGUGUGGGUGAGGCAAAUGCUCUCUUUCGAAAGUAUUUUUUCUAGAGAAUGAGUGAGAAGCUGAAAUUCGUCGAAAUAAUUUAUCAGAAUCCCACUCUUUAUCUAUAGGGGAAAGUUACAGCCUGUAAUUCGAGAAAUGCGUGCGAGACUUCGAACAAAUUUCAGCUGCGGAAUCAAUGGCUUCUUGAGACGAGGUUGCCUUAACGUUCCUCGUGUGAAUGCGCCAGCAUACUUCAUAAUGUAUGCAACUGACGUUUCCAGUUUACGUGUCAGUAACUUAGAAGAAAACAGGGAAAUAUUUUAGUUGAUUGUGUAAUGGAGUUAAUGCGCUUACCAUCAAAUUGAACGUUUAUAUUUUUUAUUACAAUUCUGCAUCUCGAUAGACAUCCAUGGCUUGGGAUUGUUGAGAACUGAUGCGUUGAUAUUGCCUUUUAAUUUUAUUUCUCAAUUGCUUUGAAUUCAUGCAUAAAUUCCGUUUCAAGUGACCGUUUCUGAUUAACUCGCUUUUGAUGAUCUCUUGUCAGAGAUUUCGAUCUCAUGUUUUCUAAGAACGUGAUUAGGUUUGUGGAAGUUACCACAUAUCUUAAACAUGUGCAAUUUUUUAUAGGUCGCCUGUAGAUAUGUUCUAUGUGCGCUUGAUUUUAGUAGAAAUGAACUGUGGUGCUCUAGCUUACACUCACACUCGUACAUAGGCUCCGUGGGUUCGCUUCCAAUCUUUUGCAGUUUGUCAUCGGUGUAAUGCUUUCAUUUUGAUUUGUUGUUAGAUAUAAAUCUAAGCCGAACGGAACAAACCAACCAAAUUUCCGACUCCACUGCAUUUUUAGCUCCAAAAAUGAGAAUAGUUGGACUAAUCAUCAUUGUGUAUACGACGGAGCUUUGGCUUGUGGCCGUAACUGACAUGUGCAGCUGUUAUAAUUAACUGACAUUUUCGCGAGAGCUUUUGGCUUCUAUUUACUCGUUUUUUACUUAUUCUGAUCGACAAAUUUUGCGCUCCGUUGGUUUUUAAUUAAUUAAUUUAAUCAAAAUCUAUUGUUUGACAGAGAGCUCCUCGGUAGAUACGGUGUAUACUCAGACUCAAUACUUUUGUGAAGCGAAUAUUUCGCAAGCAUGUCACCUGACUUUUCUGGAUGCUACGAGUCAGCCAAAGCUAAGCGUGUUCACUCUAUAGGACAUUAUUCUUUCCUUGUUAUACAAUUAGGAUUGCUAGGGAGUUUUGAUAUAAUAUUGUAUAGAUAAUACGUGACGUAGAAUUCCCUUGAAAGGUGCUGAGCGUGAAACCCGACGCUGAGGCCCCGAGCGACAUCGUGUACGGUUGGUAGUGAUUAGCGUACGUACUUUUGGAAUUAGAUGCUCUUUUAAGGAUGAUACCACUAAUACGAUAUCUCAUACAUAACUUCUAUAGUCUAGCUAUUGCGUAAUGAUAGUGAUACUUUGAAUGUUAUUGCGUUGAGCGUAGAAAUUAUCUAUUGAUGGUGAUACAGUCGUUCACUGAAGUUCGUUACUCCAGCUCGAUCUGAACAACAUGCUUGGGCAAAUUUCUACUUACGCUGUUUGGGAGCGGCCUUUCUUCCUCUUCAACUUUGUCUCGAUAAUUACUUGGUUCUUGUCGACUAUUUCCAUUUCUGUGAUGCCAUAUUCAUGUGAUGCCACAUCUUCUGUCCUAUCAUUGGGUUUCGUCGUCCUGCAGGAAUUGCGUCCGAGCAUCAAGCGUAUAUAUACUCUCGCUGCAGGCUGUUCAUGCAAGUUGACUUCUUAUCACUCCGAUUACUCUUCUGAAAAGUUCCUUACAAAUUCUGCCGCAUUUCAUAAUUAUCUACAACUCGAUUCCUCUACAGCCGAAGGACGUAGUCCCGCACAAGUUAGAGCGUCGCAGGAGUGAUCUAUCGGACGCUGCACUUUCCAAAAGAAGUCGUCCGUGAAUCAAACUAUAGACAUCGUGCCAACUUUCUGGAUCCCGAAAUUAGAGUUCUACUGUUCUGUCAGAAAUUAUGUUUUUGAGUUUUAGAUUGGGGUAAAGUAUUUCUUGAAAUAAUUAAUUGAAUUGUCGUUGGUAGUUCAGUGACCCAUAAGUCUUUGAUACGAUAUGAUGAGAGAGCAUUAACGGUCUGAUCGUGUACAUAGAAAUCUAGUACAUCAUUAUACCUAAUAGUUUCUUAAGAUAUUGAGCCCGUACGAUGUUCGGCUAUUUUUAUAGUUAAAAACCCUCUGUGUCAAAACUAGCUUAGAGACAAAUCUAUCCUUGCGUGUGCUGACCACACUCUAAAAUAUAGAUCAAUUUUGCGGCGCUUGCACAGACCACGCGCAGACGCACGAGAUGUGGCAAAUCACUUCUUAUCCUACCUUUCGCUCCUGAUUGUUGACAUUUUUGAGAGCAAAUCAACCGACAAAUCUAAAUACUACUGAGUAAUCCUAAAUUAAAUAUAUGCACUAAGCGAAGAUCCAAACACAACUGCCACUUGGGAUCUCAUGAAACAUAGAGUGAGCGCAAUGAUGCACGUCUAUCGUUGUUAGUAUUAAGUAAGAGCCGUCAUGAAGAAGGUUUCUCAGAGUCCUCAACCUGGUGCAAAUUCACUCUCAUUUCAUAUUCAUCGGCCUCGACAUGUAAACAGCGGGUAGUAGCUCGUAAAUUGAAUCACAGAAUCUAUAUCAAUGAAGCCUAUCGUUUAUGUGGCCGAGUCGUACUGGUAAUGAGCAUUACUACCUACCCAAGUGAUGAUUACGAGCAUCAUCCUCUGCCGAGCACCGAUGCUCGACUAACCGAGAUGAGUUUCGUUUGAUCGUCCAGAGAAAUAUUCUUAUCGUCUUGUUUCGUUGUACGUUCCUGCAUUAUUUUCUUAUCUUGUGUGCGAUGUACGCUAUUGUCGACUCCUCCCAAAGCUUCAUGAUCUUGCAAGAUUUCUCGCGUGUUAUAUUUUAUCUCUAGCGGUCAUUGUAUGUUUUUGUUGCCUCUUUAUUUCAUCUAAUCAAAAAUAAAUGGCGUUGUUCUUAAUCACCAUUUGCAGCAGAUCCAUCACUGGUUCCUUCAGUUUGACUUCGUGUUUUUUGUAUCACCAUAUGACUUGGCAGUGAGGUUUGAUUUUAAAGUACGAAUACAUUACAUUUAUACGAAUACUGGAAUUAUUGAUAGUGCGGUUUGUAGGGAAUGUGUACUGCUUAUCUCAUCUAUUUCUGUGUGUCGUAUAAAUAGUUUAUAACUUCGGUGGUUCCGUAGAAGCGAAAGAAUAGAUCCCGAUUGUAGAAUUUCUACGUUAUUUGAGUGGAAGGAAGAACCACAUUGAAGAGCGUUUUAGUUUUCCAAUCUGGUUUAAGUUCUUGCUGAUUUUUUGCUAGCGCGUUGCGUUCAUAUUCUGUUGUUAUUGUUUUGUUGUGCUCUUUUGAAUGCUCUUUAAUGAUAACGAGCCAGACAGUAAUGUCGUUGUAGGGAAUAGCUGUCCGGGCAAAACGGGGCUCCAACAGUUCCUGUUACGCGUCCUCAGGAUCGCGGACCUCAACGCUGUAAUAAAAUGCUUUGAUAUAUGAACCUAAUUUCUGAAUAUGACUUAAUUUAAUUCGGUUGCUAGAGCCUCAUGGUUUUGUGAUAAACGCACGAAACUCGUGUAAUAUUGUGUACAAUUACGAUGAUUUUUAGCUCCGUUCUAUUUUGUUAUUUAGAUUUGGUUAAUUUCUCCUUGUUUUUAACGUACUUAAAUGAAUAUUGAGGUUCUACAUGUCUUGGUUCUCACGGCUACGGCCGCCGCUCACCAGCUCGCUUCACCCUGCAAGCUCCACUUGUUUUGACCAUCGCAGUUUUUUUAAUAAACAAUAGCCUGAGGCGCUAAAGCUCACUCGUCAUAUUGCACUCGUUUAUAUCAUGCAGAUGGCGCAUCACUUACUCACCUCUCAACAUUAAUUGUCCCUAUGCCACGUGUAGAGUUUCCCUUCACUAGCUGAGCUCUAUGAGAAAGCCAAAUUAUUUCGUUUAUAUCACUAAAUUAUUGAACAAACCCAACAAUCGAUACAGUAACAUGUACGCCGGAUAACCUCUCUCUUGGUCAACUUUUUCAUCGGUAUUAAAGGUCCAUACGCAGUUAACUUCAGCAGGUGUAACGUAUUGCCCCUGAUCAUAACCUGAGAAUUUUAUUUUCCCGCGUCGUUUAUUUCAGCUGCAAAUGCCAGUUGUAAAUCUUCUAUAUUCAUGUCUUCUGCCUCGUUUGUUGCGUACAAAACAUUACGGUUUCGUUCACAUUUUCUCUGGCAUAAAUUUGCAUGAAAAAAUUAUGUUUCUCAUUUUCAUAUAAAUUAUCUCAGGUAAUACCGUUGUAAUGAGUUAGUUCCAUUUCAUUGUUCCUUCAUUCACGUUGAAUUGUUUAGUUUUAAUCGGUGUUGGCUAACCCUAUAUGGCACAAUGUUGCCAUCCUGCUACCCACGCAACCCGUAGGCUUAGCAUUAAAACGUGACUCUUAGCGUGUGCCAUGUAGGGUUAACAUGGGGUGAAGCGAGCGGCUGGGUGUAGUGGCAGCUAAGGAGAUAAUCCCUGUAAAUAUUUUGUACAGAAAGUGUUCCUUAUUUAUAUCGGCCGCGACUCUGUGAUUAAUAUGAGUCUUGCACCAAC